AUGGCCUACUCGUUGUACGACACCACCGUCCCGCUCCUGAUCCGGGGCCUGAAGAACACGCAUGCUUUGCUUCAGAAGGCCGAGACAUGGUGCAAAGAAAACAACAAACCCGAGUCCGAAAUCCUGCACGCGCGGCUGUCCCCGGACAUGAACGACUUCGUCUUCCAAGUCCGCGUCGCCAGCAUCACAGCGCGCAACACGGCGCUGACGGCCGACUGGGCGUGGAUACCGUCGGCGACGGCGCUGGCCGACGAGAGCAGCCUGGCGGGCCUGCGGGCGUGCCUGCAGAAGGACAUCGCGUGGCUGGAGGGCCUCACCAAGGCGGACGUGGACGGCCAGGAGAAAAGGGCGUUUCGGUUUUGGACGUCAGGCCAAGAGGGCGUGGGCUUCGAGUUCAAGUUCACGGACGGCGUCAAGUAUAUCCAGCAGAUCGGCAUCCCGAACUUCUAUUUCCACAACUCGAUGGCGUACGGGCUGUGCAGGAUGAAAGGGGUGCCGCUGGGCAAGUUCGACUUCCUGGCUGGCGGUGCGGAGCUGGAUUACUGA